CAGCUUCCACUUAGUAAAACAUGCACCUUAGUACAGCUUCAUCAUGUGGUCUGGGAAUUCCUUUCGGGUUCUCUCUACUUUCUUACUUUUCUAAUAAUGAGCAAGAACUGUUUUUAUAAAUAAGGGGGAGAACAACAAGACGAUGACUGAAAUGUUAAAAAAGUCCCUUUGGGCUGGGGUCCCUGUCCCCUCCAUUCACCUACAAGGCUCCAGGACCCCCCAGAUGGACUCUGUGCUUUCCCCUACAGCCGCUCCCAGGUAACCAGGUAUCCCAGGACCCUGCCGGCUGCUCCCAGAAUUUGGGGGAAGGCUGGGCGGCAGCCCCUCAUGGCUGAGCCCCAAGCAAGCUGCCCUAAAUCCAAUCUGUGCUAGAGAACCCCACACUGCCUGGCUCUGCAGAACCUCCAACUUCAAACGAAGGAUAUGGGGGCUCUCUGGGACCCCUCCCCCCAGCCAGUGCGAGGCUGGCAAGGCUGGCCUGGGGAGAGGUUGCCAGGCAACCAGCUGGGGCUCCUCCCAGGGUGGCUGUGGGUGGCCAUGUUGCCUGGCAACCAGGUGCCAGCGUCCCUGGAGCCCAGACCGCACAGCUGCGCCCAGCCCCGCCCGCUCCUCCCUGGCUUGUGGGACCCCUGGGGCCCUGGCCUCAUUCCCCUCGCCUAGGACAGCUGGAGCCUCCGGUCACAAUGAGCAUUGUUCUCUCCAGGGACAGCCAGGUGAGGGUGAUGGAGAACACUGUGACCAAUGCCGAGAAGUACUUUGGCCAGUUCUGCUCGUUGCUGGCCGCCUACACCCGCAAGACGGCUCGGCUGCGGGACAAGGCUGACCAGCUCGUCAGACAGCUCACCGACUUCGCCAACACCGAGCACCCAGAGAUGCGGGCCACCAUGAGGAACUUCGCCGAGGACCUGGCCAAGGUGCAGGAUUACCGGCAGGCCGAGGUCGAGAGGCUGGAGACCAAGGUCAUCUGCCCCCUGAAGCUCUAUGGGGCGCACAUCAAGCAGACACGGGCCGAGAUCAAGAAAUUCAAACAAGUCCAGAAGAACGAGAUGAAACAACUGGAAAAGCUGGAAAAACUGAGGCAGAAGUCGCCUUCGGAUCGGCAAAUGAUCUCCCAGGCGGAGACCGGUGUGCAGAGGGCCUCAGUGGACGCCAGCCGCAUCACCCACCAGCUGGAGGAGGUGAUCGACACCUUCCAGAAGCAGAAGCUGAAGGACCUGCAGAAAAUUUUUUCAGACUUUGUCACCAUCGAGAUAGUCUUCCACGCCAAAGCGGUGGAGGUGUAUUCCAGUGCCUUCCAGAUCCUGGAGAGCUACGACCUGGAGAGAGAUCUGGAGCCCAUCCCGGUCUCUCCUGGGCAGGAUUUUAGAACCAAGAUGCAUGGGGUUUACGGACACUAUGAUGCUCGGCCAUUCAAGGAUACCUCGCCCUCCCCAGCUGUCCCAUGGGCUCUCACUGGCCAGAGCACUCAGACCACCAUACGGAGCCAGAGGAGAGACGAGGAGGAGGAGAGCACGGAACACUCUGCUGAGGAGGACCCCGUGGAGGACCUCAGGGGACAGGGGCGGGCACCCCAGCAAUAGGACCACAGCUCCCCUGUCAGAAAGACAGAGGCUGACCCCGGGUGCUCAGGGCUGGGGUGGGCUGGAGGCUCUGCUGGGUCCCCACCCUGGGUGAGUCCCGUGUCCUCCGAGUCUCUGUUUCCUCAUC